UUUGACGUUCUUUGGAAAAAUCACUUUGACACCAGGAAAGGUUAUAACGCCGGUUUUUUGCAUUGUAUUAAAUAUUAUACAAGAUUAUAACAUUAUUUUCAUUAUUAUACGAUAUCAUUGUCGUGUGCGAGUUAUUGGGAAUUAUAAUUAAUUUUAUAAUGUUUGUGUGAAUCUACUGUAUAAUAAGCUAAAAUAAUUAGUGAAUUUCACUGGAACGAUGACGUGGAUGGUGUGCCUGCCUGGUUGGGGCGCUGCCAUGGCGGCCGGCGCGUUGCUGCUCUACGGAACACUAGAUGUUGCCUACUUUGCAAGGAUGAUGUAUACUGUGGCUAAGGCCCGGUAUUUCAAGAAGAAAGCCUGCAUCUUGGACACUACUGAGGUUCACUCGUGGUGCCUCCUCAACGACAUCGACACUCUCCUCUACCACAUGAACAACGCCCGAUAUCUUCGCGAGCUGGACUUCGCUAGAGCUGACUUCUACGAGAGGACCGGCCUAUACGCGAACAUCAAGGCGGCAGGUGGCGCGGUUGUCCAAGCAGCCGCUACCAUCAGAUACAGGCGGUACAUCAAGCCUUUCACCAAGUUUACCAUCACUUCCAGGGCUAUAUACUGGGACGAGAAGACAGUGUUCAUGGAACACGAGUUCGUGGGUCCCGGGGGCUUCGUGCACGCAGUGGCUGUGUGCCGGCAGAGGGUCAUUGACACCUCCGCCGCGGCCAUCGCUGAGCUGCUCCUCCAGCUCCACUGCGCUGGUAGCUGUCACACCCCUAUAGGGAAGAUGCCUCCAGAAUUGGAGCUCUGGGUUCAAAGCAACGAGCUGAGCUCCGCCAAGCUCCGGGGCUCCGGCGUUGCCCUCCCCUCCCUCCAGCCCCACCCCGCCCCCACCGGCUGCGGGGAGAUUAUGCCCAACACUGGGGUGGAGUGAAGAAAAGUCCACUGCACGAACGACAAACAGAAAUACUGUUAAACACUGAUAAAAAUUGUUAAUUUAACAUUAAUAGACAACUUGGGGGCUACCAUGAAACAUAAAAUACGUUGGACGAGAUUGCGUCCACACGUUUAUUUUUUUUUACACGAUGCGUGCAUACACAAUAUGUGAAAAAUUACAGGUAAAAUGACGCGCUACGUCUUUAUAUGUUUCGUGGUAGGCCUUCAGCUCCCCAAUCUCGCUAAUAAUUUCAGCUGGAUCGCAGCAUAUGAUCCAUAUGAACGAACCAUAUGAUCAUUACGCUAUUUUUACUGUUUCGAUUUCGCACAAAUAGAUUGACAGAUUUUUAGAUCAAAAUUGAACUAUGAAAUCAUUGUUGCCGUUGUCAAAACCAAUUUAAUGCCAGCUCCACCCUGUCGCCGAACUCAGACACAUGCCGACGCGAAUGCGUGAACAUUGCGUAGUUGUAUGAGUGCUUUUAUUUAUCGCAAUGAAAAACCAGCAAUGUACACCGAAUCCACCAAAGUUUGGCAAUCUGUUCAGAGACAGUGUGGAGCUGGCAUAAAAAAGUAACUCUUAAACGAAACGCUAAGAAAAAGCCAAAAAUAUCGAUCUUCAAUUAUAAUCCAGCAGCUGAAGGGUCGAGUUAUCAAUAAUAUGUGGUCGUCCUCAUCAAAAAGUACCUUAUGGCGCCCGGAACUUACGCCAUUAUAGCCGUUGUUUUGUAUUGGAACAACACUAAGUGCUAGCCGCCAUAAGGUCCCACACAUAUAAACUUUAUAGCACAAAAUGCAAUUUGUAAAGGUAAUGCUAAAAGCAAGGGCCAUGCAGAAAAAAGGGCCAUACAGAAAAUGCUUUGUGCAAAAAAACAUACAUAACUUUAUGAGCCAUGGCCCAUUGCUCAGUCGUGCUCAUGUUGCACG